AUGGAGAUAAGUUUCGAACCUCCACAAAUACUUUUGUAUUUUUAUUAUUUCAUUGGAACAAUUUCUUUGUUUCUGAAUGCAUUCGGAAUAUAUUUGACUAUUUUCAAAGGAAUCCAAAUGGACACUUUCAAAUAUUAUCUAUUGGUUUUUCAGGUUUAUUACCAUUUUGAUUAUUUUAAAAUCAUAGAUUUUUUCCAGAUUCUCUGUAUGAUUAUUGACUUUCAUAUAACUUUCCUAAUGCAACCUGUUGGUUUAUUUCCAUUAGUUGCUGGAACAUCAAAUGGAAUUUUGAGCAGCUUUUUUGAUAUAACUACACAUUGGCAAAUGGUGGGUACUAAAUAUCUAGUACAAGAACAUUGAACAAAACUCUACCGUAAUCGUUUCAUGAAAAAAAAACAUAAAUUUCCAGUCGAUCACCAAUUUAUUAAUAACUGCUCAAACUGGUUCAAUGGCAGUUUGUUUUAUCCGAAAACAUCAAGCAAUUGCACAAAUUGAUCGAAAGAAUAUAAUUUCUCGUCAUUUAUUUUUUGUCAUUUGUUUAUCAAAAGUAUUUUGGUCUUUUGCAACAUUUUUUAUAUUUCUUCAAGCUGGAAUGACUAAAACUGAGCAAUUUGAAUAUAUCUUUAGCAAUUCGGAAGCUAUGAUUUAUUAUGAAAAUUUUGAGAAUCUGAAGAAUUUUGCAAUUUACAAAGUUGAAACAAUAACAGAAAUUGCAUUAGGAAUGAUUAUUAUAAAUGGAUUAAUCUCAGUUAUAACAACUAUAUGGGCAACAAAUCAAAUGUUUAUAAUGUUACGAAAAAAUCGAACAAGAAUAUCUCAAGCCAGUUAUUUGAAACAUAAAAGUGCUCUUCUCAGUCUCUUUGCUCAAUUCAUAACUUCGUCUGUAUGUAUUAUUCCACCAGUUAUCAUAACUAUAACAGUUGUGACAAAAAUGAAAUAUUCUCAAGAAUUAUCACAUUAUCUUCUUGCAAUAUUCUCAAGUCAUUCAACAAUUAAUAUACUUGUCAUGAUUGUUACUUUUCCAGCAUAUCGAAAAUUUUGUAUGUUUUGGAGAAAGUCAACGUGAGUUAUAGUCAAAUAAUAGAAUAGAAAUUGUAUUUUUCUAGAAACAUAGUAAAUGUUUCCAGUGUGAUUGUUACAAAAGAAAUUCGAUCAUCUUACAAAUGA